GGGGCGUAUAAAACUAGUAAACUUGUUUGGGUGUUAAACCAUGCAGGUAAGACGAUGUCGACUGAUAAAACGAGUGCUGAUUCCAAAAGAGGAAUAAAUCAGUAGUAUGACGUCAGCACGUGGGCAUGAAUGAAGCGCAUAAAUAAAUAAAUAAAUACAAGCUGGAGGAGGAGACAUGUUUCCGAAAGGACACGGGUGUCCCAUCCCUCACGUUUCUGCCCCCUCGACCUCACCCCACUCCGCCUCCUUUGUAAAAAAAAUAUACGGGAGGGGUUGAGGGGAGGCAAAAAUGAAGUCAAUUAUACAACUCGCCGGCUCUUUGCGGCUCCCUCCUCUCCCUUUAUCACUUGGCUCCUCCACAUGCGCCGCCGCCGUGCACCGUAGCCUCCUCCGGGACACUGGCUUCCCUUUCAGACGCCAUGUCGGACGGAGGCUCGGAAGGGACAGCAGACCGCCUCACAGGUGGCAACGCAGAGGAGGGAAGGCCGAGCCAAGCGACCGCUUCGCUACCUGCUGCUGAGCUGCCAAGGAAACGCAAGGGCGAUGUGGACGAGAGAUCAGACGCCCUCUUGCACCGCUGUCUUGACUUCCAAAUGGAUGAGGACUUCACCAGAUCCGAAGGAGAGGACCAGCAAGCCAAAAUGAAAUGCUUCAGGCAGCCUCACCGCCUCACUGAGAAGCAGCGGCGAGAUAAGAUAAACAACCUCAUCGACGAGCUGUCCGCCAUGAUCCCCGCCUGUCAGCCCAUGUCCCGAAAACUCGACAGACUCACCGUGCUGCGCAAGGCUGUGCAACACCUGAAAGCCCUUAAAGCCGGGUCGGGCAGCAGCUUUGCAGAGGCUGCCUGUAAGCCUUCUAUCCUGCCUCAUGAUGACCUCAGGCACCUUUUGCUCAGGGUUGCAGACGGUUUCCUGUUAGUUGUGAGCUGCGACCGAGCAAAAAUUUUGUUUAUCUCCGAGUCUGUCUCCAAGAUCCUCAACUUUAGUCGGGUGGAGUUGAUGAGCCAAAGUUUGUUCGAUUUUGUCCACCCCAAAGACAUCAACAAGGUGAAGGAGCAACUGUCAUCUUCUGACCUGAACUCUCACCAGGGACUCAUUGAUGCUGCCACUGGGGUUCCUGUUCAAGCGGACACACCGGUCACGGCGUCAAACUUGUCCACUGGAGCCAGGCGCUCUUUCUUCUGUCGCAUGAAGCACAGUCGGGUGGAGGGAAGGCACAAGGAGAAGCACCCAUUGCCCAGCACUUCCAUUAAGAAGGACUCCUACAGAUACUGCACCCUACACUGCACCGGAUACAUGCACAGCUGGUCGAGGAGCGAGCUGGAUUCGGAAGCAGACACCUCCAACCUGACUUGCCUGGUGACCAUGUGUCGCCUCCAAGGACACCCUCCCCACCAAACGCCCAAAGACAUUAACGUCAAGCCCACUGAGUUUGUGGCACGCUGUACGAUCGACGGCAAGUUCACUUUUAUAGAGCAACAGGCAACAACUCUCAUCGGUUAUCUACCGCAAGAAAUUUUAGGCACGUCAUGUUAUGAGUACUUCCACCCGGACGACUUGCAGCAAAUGGCAGAAAAACACAGGCAAGUCCUGCACAGCAAAGAGAAGAUUGACACAAAGUGCUACAAGUUCAAAACAAAAUAUGGCUCUUAUAUUUCACUCCAAAGUCAGUGGUUUAGUUUUACAAAUCCAUGGACCAAAGAAGUUGAAUUCAUCGUGUCUUUAAACAGGGUCGUCUCCAGGGGGCACAGCCACACUAAAGAUGAUGAGGCAGCAGGCAGCUCAAAAGGUCAGAAGGACGAAGCAAAACAAUUACCCAUAAUUCCAGGCCUCACAAGUGGAAUGGGCAAAAUGAUCUACGCUGGCAGCAUUGGGACCCAAAUUGCAAAUGAACUCGUCGAGUCGUACAGGGCAAACUCAUCUCCAUCAAGCGCUAGCGGUGUUUCCAGUCCUUUUGGACCACCAGCCUCCCCACAAGCCAGUCGAAGUCUGUCUGGCAGAGGAGAAGAAGAAGCAGGCGGUCCAUCUGAGUGGAGAACAGAGGCGGGCCCCAGCGCGUCUGAAAGUACAGGCGAGUCGUCCCAGCAGGACUUGGACAACAUGCUGGUGCCGGGCCUGAGCAGCUUUAGCAGUGACGAGGCGGCCAUGGCGGUCAUCAUGAGCUUACUGGAGGCCGAUGUCAACAUGGGUCAAUCGGGGAACUUGGAGGACUUACACUGGCCUUUCUAGCCCCAUCACGCUUGUUCUUGUGCCACUUGAAAUGAAGUGGACCCUGCAUGUGUUCAUCCAAGCCUUGCACUGCUGCACUGGAUGCAGUCAAUGAGGCAUAUGGGAGAAAGAAGAGUUGAUUAUCACCACUGUGGUGUCCAACGCCUCCAACAGGAAACAGCGCUUGUCGGGAUUCAGUGUCUUCCUGGAGACUGAAAUCAUGACUUAUUUUUUAUUUGCCCCAUCCACCGCGAGUGGCUUACGUAUGUAGAAGAUGGGAAUGCUGCUAGCCAAACUCAAUUUUUCUGCAGGUAUGUUUGUUUUUACCGUCAAAAAGUACAAAGCAACAAAUCAUGGGGGAAAAUAUGACUUUUUCUGUUUUACAUUGGCUUUAAUUGAGCCAUUGAAGACUCUGAAGCGUUAUGCAAAUCUGGAGAUGCCUUAGGCCUUUGCAGCCCUCCCACCACUACUGUUCCUGCUAAUUUAAGUUAAAUUAAUUUAAUUAUAUUCAUGUGCUGAUGUUCGGAAACAGUGUCAAUGCCGAGUGAAUGUGAGCUGUGUCAGCCCACUGCCGUCGUCUUGCUGUAAGCAGUUUUCAUACCGUUUUUGUAGUGAUAUGGACUUAGAUUUGAUCUUAUUUUACUUAAUGCUUAAUGCUUCAUCAUUGCAAUCUCAUUUCAGGAACCCAGUUCAGUUCCCUGUUAAGCUAGCAACCCUUGGCGAUUGACAGUACAAUGGAACCGUAGUUAACGUCAGUUCUUUCCAGAAAUAUUUCCCAUAAGAAAUAAUGUAAAUCCAAUUAAUCCGUUCCAGGAAGCCCACAAUGACAAAACACAUAUUUAUAGCUUUAAAUUUCUAGUUUUACAUGCUGAAAACGAAAAAAAAAAACGAUGAUUGAAAGCGAUAACUGAACAUUUAAGGUUACGUUUGCCUUCACGUGACCAAAAACAGGAAGUGGUGGUAGUUGAUCUCGACGCCACAUUAUGUCUUUGUAAACAGCACGUCUUCAAUGCAGGUAAGAGUAACCUUAAAUAUUCAUUUAUAGUUUUCAUUCGUCGUAUGUGUGCAUUUAGAAUUGUUUUAUGCAUGUAAACGUAUAAUUGUAUAACUAUAAAAACGUUUUUUUUUUGAGUGAAAUGCUAAUUACAUCAUGUGAUGUAACUUCCAUUUCCGUUUGCUAAUUGGCCUGCUAAUAGGAUGCUGGCGCGAAUACACAGGCUAAUUUUAAUUUAACUGUGAAAUGUGGACAAAUUCCCACUUGUAAAAUCCCCUUUUACGCGUCGAAUAAUUAUUAUAUGAGCCCAGAACACUGAAUUGUUGACUAUAUGCUGAUUUAUUUCUUAAGCCACCCUUAGUGUGUUAUUCGAAGCACCUACUUUAGCUAGUGCUAUUUAGCAUUAUAUGCUACAGUUCUAGCAACUUCUGCCUAGCAACCCAAACUAAUUUGAAUGUAAUAUAAAACGUUGCAAUGUCAAACUAAAAUGUGUUAACUGUCAAACAAACAAAUUAUACAGUACAUUUGCACUCAAAAUUAUUGUCUAUUAAAAAAAGAUGGCCAAUUAAAAAUGUAAUUUGCAGAGCUAUUGAAUUUUGAGUGCAAUUGUGCACAAGACUUUAGAAUAGAGCUGGUCUCAAAAGUAAGUACAAAAAAAGUGUUGUUUUUUUUUAUGAAUGUGCACUAAGGGACUUGAGCAGCGGUGUAUUGUACUGUUUUGACAUAUCACUUAUUUACUGUAUGCUUAAUGGUCCUGUGAAGGUCAUCUACUGGAAGAUUUCCACGUCAGUCGGGGCCAUAAUUACAAAAUGACGCUGUAUUGAAGAAGACUUGAAACGACCAUGAAUUUAGUAGUAUGAAAAUGUUUACUGAGGUAAAAGUUGACAGAAUGCAUGUUUUAAGGCACUUUUGCAUCGGCUUCCCUUUUGUUAUUCAGAUGCUCCAUCCACUUAUUUAAUGCUUGUCUAUCUAUGUAUGUACAGUGUCGUUGAAUACCACAACAGCCUUUAUGUGAAAGAUAACAUCAGCCGAUUUCAGCAUUAUGACCGGAAAUAUGCAACAUGAUUCUAUCUGUGUACGUUUUCUUGGAAAAUGAUGUUUGAGGAAAAGCCCAACAAGCCAGUUCAGCAAGUAAAACCUACGGGAAUCAGAGCGCGUAUGUAUUCAGACACAUUAUUAGUGUUAAGAAACAUUUUCAACAGGGGGAUUUGACUUCAAAAUGUGUGAAAUACUCGCCCUUGUAAACUACUCUGUGUUCUAUCACUGGGUUUCUAAUCUUGAAAACAAGAAUGUGAUUGUGUUGCCUUUUCUUUUGAAUGUGCUUUUAUUGUAUAUCAUUCUGUGGCUUUAAAAGCUGCCAUCAAUGUCAGCAUAUACAUAUAGUCAGCUUUCAAAAGAGGAAAACGCCUGUUUUAUCUGUUUUGCAAGUGCUAAUUGUCGUUGAUGUUUCUGCUGUAACAAGAAAUUGAGGUAUUUGAAAGUAAAUUACUUUUUUUUGUUUUUGCUACUUUUUUUUUUGUUGCUGCGUCUGGUUUUCAAGCUUCAAUUUUCUUAUUUUGUCAGUAUUAUCGUAAAUAUUCAACAUUAGCCAGUCAAGCAAACGCACCAAAUAAGUACAAUAACAUUACAUUUGGAUGAAUUCUUAUGAAUAAAUUGAAUAAAUCUCAUAACUAUGGUAUUCAAAUACAAAUAUGGACAUCCAGACAGGACAACACAUAAUAGCACAUCCGACAGAAGUCCUGUAAUUGGUAUAAACACAAGAAAACCCCCCAGAAAAAAUUGAGUAAAAAGGCACAAUGUAAAGAAAAAAAGCUGACACUAAUAAUAAAUAACACAAAGUUUGAGGAUUUAAAUAUAGGUAAGUAGUUUUUUUCCACAGAAGACGCCCCUGCAUCCUGAUAUUUUUCUUUAUGUGCCCUUCUGGGGGAAAAGUUUGGACACCCUUGAGCUACAUUAAAAAUCCUACUUCAUCUGAAUGCACUGUAAUGUGAAUUAAUUCAACUAAUUAUCAUUACACUAUAUAUAUGUCAAUGAAUUAACAAAAAACACAUUUAAAAAGCAACAUCAAAAAUCUUACUUAUUCAUGAAUGCAAUCAAAAAUUUUAAUGACUAAAAUAC